UAACAACCAUAGUUUCUUAAAGUAACAACAGUUUCCACUUUCCAGCCAUGGCCUCCAUUGUUGCCUUGUUGAGCUCAUUGCUUGUCUUCUCCAUCAUUUCUCUGGGGAAUGCACUGAGCUCAAACUACUAUGAGAAGACAUGUCCCCAGGCAGAGAAUGCAGUGACACAGGUUGUGAAGAAGGCCUCCAUGGCAGACAAAACUGUCCCUGCUGCACUGCUGAGGAUGCAUUUCCAUGACUGUUUCAUAAGGGGCUGUGAUGCAUCAGUGUUGCUGAACUCAAAGAAGAGUGCUGCAGAGAAGAAUGGACCACCUAAUCUCUCCCUGCAUGCAUUCUAUGUCAUUGAUGAUGCAAAGAAAGCAGUGGAAGCAAUCUGCCCCGGUGUUGUCUCGUGUGCUGAUAUUUUAGCGUUUGCAGCAAGAGAUGCAGUUGUCAUAGCUGGUGGGCCAUACUGGGAUGUCCCAAAGGGAAGAAAAGAUGGGAGAGUAUCAAAAGCCAGUGAAACCAUACAACUCCCAGGCCCAGCCUUCAACCUAUCUCAACUUCAGAAGAGCUUCUCACAGAGAGGUCUAUCAAUGGCAGACCUGGUGGCCCUCUCAGGUGGGCACACCAUAGGCUUCUCCCACUGUUCUUCCUUCAACAACAGACUCCACAACUUCAAUGCCACCCAUGAUGUUGAUCCCACACUUCACCCCACCAUUGCUGCAAACCUGAAAGCCAUAUGCCCCCUGAACAGCAAAUCCAAGAAUGCAGGAACCAGCAUGGACCCUUCUUCCAACACUUUUGACAACAACUAUUACAAGCUAAUUGCCCAGGGGAAAAGCCUCUUCUCCUCAGACCAGGCUCUGUUCACCAACCCAAACACCAAAUCCCUGGUUUUGCAGUAUGCCAAUUCAAAAGAGGCUUUCUUUAAGGCUUUUGCAAACUCCAUGAUCAAGAUGAGCAGCAUUACAGGAGGACAGGAAGUCAGAAGAGAUUGCAGGAUAGCUAAUUAGAUUAUUAGCCUCCAAAAAUUGUCCUUUCUAGUGAGUGUGGAUAGUCCAGCAAAAUGGGCUGUCUUUCAUAUAUCUCAUUUUCUUUCUUUAUCAGCAGAGUAUAUGUAAUGGAUUGCAAUAACUAAGAUAAUUAGUGGAUUGCUUUUACUCUCAAAAUCAUUUGUUUAUUUGAAUCAGAGCCUUUCUCUUCGUCUCA